AUGUAUGGACACGGGGCGAUGACAGAACAGGAACUCGACGACAAGUACCCCAAUCGUCCGCACAACCAUUCCAGGACGCUGCUCUUCUCCGAAAUCUACCUGACCCUCUUCCAUCCGCUCAGCGAGAACAAGAAGAAGCCAACCGGUCCUGCGGCCAACCGGAGAAAGCGCGGGAUGCACGGUGGAAGCACCGCACCCAACGACAUUCGUCGCUCGAUCAUCGCUCGCUUCAUUGACCGAUGGCGCCGCGAUGUUGGUAACGACAUCUUUCCCGCGUUUCGACUCAUUGUCCCCGAGAAGGACCGAGACCGCGCUAUGUACGGUCUUAAAGAGAGCACACUUGGCAAGCUUCUUGUUCGUGUUAUGAAGAUCGACAAGAAUAGCGAAGAUGGCUACAAUCUACUGCAUUGGAAGCUACCAGGAGUGAAGUCAUCGAGCGCCAUGGCGGGUGACUUCGCGGGACGAUGUUUCGAAGUCAUUUCGAAGCGGCCGAUGCGCACCACCCCUGGAGACAUGACGAUUGCGGAAGUCAACGAGCUUCUCGAUCGACUCUCGGUUGCCCAGAAGGAGGAAAAUCAGCGACCGAUUGUUGAAGAGUUCUACAAUCGGAUGAAUGCUGAAGAACUCAUGUGGCUAAUCCGCAUGAUCCUCCGCCAAAUGAAAGUUGGCGCAACCGAGAAGACGAUUUUUGAGAUCUGGCAUCCGGAUGCCGAGAACCUGUUCAACAUCUCCAGCUCUUUGAGGCGCGUGUGUUGGGAACUAUAUGACCCCCAGGUUCGGCUCGAGGGCGAGGAUCGUGGCAUCCAUCUCAUGCAAUGCUUCCAACCCCAGCUCGCUCAAUUCCAGAUGCGCUCCAUCGAGCAGAUGGUCGCUCGCAUGAAUCCAACGGAAGACGACCCAGUGUUCUGGAUCGAGGAGAAACUCGACGGGGAGCGGAUGCAAUUGCACAUGAAGGAAGACGACAUCCCCGGAGGCAAGCGCUUCGGUUUCUGGUCCCGAAAGGCCAAGGACUACACCUAUCUAUACGGCGAGAGCUUUGACGACGACAAUGGUGCUCUCACUCGACACCUCCGUGAAGCCUUCAAUGACGGGGUACGCAAUAUCAUCCUGGACGGCGAGAUGAUCACCUGGGACCCGAAAGAGGACAAGGUGGUGGCCUUUGGCACGCUCAAGUCCGCUGCAAUCUCCGAACAAGAGAACCCCUAUGCUGGUGGCAAUCGUCCGCUCUUCCGCGUCUUUGAUUGUCUGUACCUGAACGGCGUGGAUCUGACCCCAUACACCCUUCGCAAGCGUCGCGAAGCCCUCACGAAGAGCGUCAACAGCAUCCACCGUCGCAUAGAAGUACACGAUUACAAAGAAGCGAAAGAGGCCUCGGAAGUCGAGCCGGCUCUUCGCCGCGUGGUCGCAGAGUCGACCGAGGGCUUGAUUUUGAAGAAUCCCCGAUCGAGAUACGCGCUGAAUGAGCGCAAUGACAACUGGAUGAAGGUGAAGCCCGAAUACAUGACCGAGUUUGGCGAGGCGCUCGACUGCGUGGUGAUAGGCGGCUACUACGGCUCUGGCAAACGAGGAGGUGGCCUGAGCAGCUUCAUGUGCGGGCUCACCAUUGACGAUGCCAUCGCCCCACCCGGCACGAAUCCCCAGAAGUGUUACUCCUUCUUCAAGGUCGGUGGUGGGUUUACCGCCGGCGACUACGCAGAGAUCCGUCAUCGCACAGAAGGCAAAUGGCUAGAUUGGGAUCCGAAGCGACCGCCCACGGAGUUCAUCGAGCUGGCCGGAGGCGACCGGCAGCACGAGAAGCCAGACGUAUGGAUCAAACCGGAGGAUUCCAUUGUAUUGGCUGUCAAGGCGGCACAAGUGGCUCAGUCCGAUCAGUUCAAACUGGGAUUGACCCUGAGAUUCCCUCGCUUCAAGAAACUGCGUGCCGACAAAGACUGGAAGUCCGCGCUCUCGGUGCAAGAAUUCUAUCGCCUCAAGGCGCAGGUGGAGGAAGAACGCAAAGAGAAGCAAUUCAAGAUCGACGAUGCCCGGCGGAAGCGGUCGAGCAAGAAGCGUAAGCGAGAGGUUGUGGUCCAAGGCCAGGAAGAUCGAGUGCUUGAAACACCGUACGCCGGCCCAACAACGAAGGUCUUUGAUGGCCUGAGCUUCUUCGUCAUGACGGAGGCUAUCAAACCUGUCAAGAAGACCAAAGCGGAGCUUGAACAUCUCAUCAAAGCGAACGGCGGCAACGUGGUAGCCUCCGAGAAAGACCCGGAUACUGUCAUAAUCGCAGAUCGAAACCUGGUGAAAGUGGCGUCUCUCCAAAAACGAGAUGAGAGGAACCUGGUCCGACCUUCAUGGAUCCUCGAUUGUGUCAAGCAAGCGGAGAUCGACAUCGCACGACUCGCUCUUCUGUUGCCCCUCGAGCCCGAGCAUCUGUUCUAUACCACCAGUGAAGAUGCGGGCAAAUUCGAUGAGAAUGUUGACGAACACGGCGAUAGCUACGCCAAGGACGUGGAUCCUGCCGAGCUACGAGCGCUGUUCAACCUCAUGCAAUGCGCUCCCGAAGACCAAAUCGAUCCAGCAGAGAUAAUCAGCCAACUCCACGAACAUGGCCACGAUCUCGACGGGCUCCAAUGCUUGACCUUCCUCGGGUUGACAGCAUAUUGCGAGGAUGUGCCGGCCGAGAUUCCGAGGCUACUUGCUUUCGGCGCCGCCAAGAUUGCUGCGUCGCUCGAAGACAAGGCCAUUACUCAUGUUGUGCUACCACGGAACACAGCUAGAGCUAAGAAACUUCGUGCGCAGUUGAGCUCGCGGAAGAAGGGACCACGAAUCGUGACCUCCGAGUGGGUGAGCGAGAGUUGGAAGGCAAAGACAAGGCUGGAUGAGGAGCGCUUUACCCCCUCUUGA